UUUUGAAGGCGAGUAUGGGAUUAGUUCAAGCCUGUCAAUAGGACAGUUGUCCUACUUUUGAGCUUUACGAGGCCAUGUUUAACAGUCAACUUUCUUUGGAUGGAAGAAAUUUUGUAACAGUUAACCACCACCACCCCUCAAGACUCCGGAUACCUCGACACAUCAGCUGUAAGACGCAGUAUAUCUGUCACCAAAACUGAACUAUUUCUCUUUGUCAUGUCUGUGACUAGUUUGGCCGGAAAUAGAUUCGAUGCUGAAGCUAAUCACAUCAAGAGAUGACCGAAAACAAGAUGAAUGUCCUACAGUAAGCAUCAGACUGAAACACUGAGUCCUGAGACUUUCGCCACUGUUACCAUGACGACUGUUGUGGGCAUGCGCGUGGUGCGGGGUCCUGACUGGGAGGGGGAGGACAGUGACGGAGGGGAGGCGCACGUGGGGACGGUGAUGGAGGUGCUGGGUGAGUACUCGGUGCGCGUGCUGUGGGACACAGGUGUAGAGAGCACGUGCAGAGCAGGGCGUGACGGCAAACUCGACCUCAGGAUCUUCGACACAGCGCCUGUGGGUGUGCGACACCUGGGAGAGACCUGCGCCGUGUGUGGCGAGAAGGACGUGUGUGGGAUGCUGUGGAGAUGUCGGGACUGUGACGACUGUUGUCUGUGUACACAGUGUUACUGUGAAGACAAGCACGAUGUCGACCAUGAGUUCCUUCGUGUAGACACACCGGGCAGCAGCGGAGCAACUGUAGACUCUCGAAGUAAGAGCCUCAAAAUGCAAGCAGUCGGCAUUUUCCCUGGAGCAAAGGUCAGAAAGGUCACGAGGUACAACAACGAGGAGGUUUACGGAUCAAAGGGCGAAGUUGAAGGUUACGAGACUGGAGUCCUAUACAAAUGUCGGAACAUGCUUCGUGUUCGAUGGUCUGAUGGCAUCCUUAAGAACUGCUGUUUGGGUGAAAUAAUUUGCAUAGAGGAAGCAGCUGGGCCAAUCUGUUAUAGAGAUCAUCUCCCUUUGCUUGAUGUUACGGUUCGACCAUUCCUAGAAGGUCUUGUAAUGCGAUGUGAGUCCGAACUCUCUCCUGAAGAUGGUCAUGCCAUUGCAUUUGUCACUCCGUCUGUCAGUACUGACGAGAUGUCAGGCAGAGUACAACAUGGAACAGUCAUCAAUGCUCACGACGAGUCGUCAACAGCUGACAUUCACCCUUUGUCUGAUGUUCAUGACGUGGGAAGACAUUUGCUUCCGGAGAACGUUGCGGCCAUUACAGUCGGAAUCGCAAAAGACACUGACGAUGGAGGGCGCUGCUGCUGGAGCACUCAACCCUCACACGAAUCUAUCAUGUGGCUGGACAAGACUUAUGACACAAGCGACUACAACUUGACGAGAAACUGUGACAGUGAGGUCACAUAUAAUGCUGUCACCUCACUAAGGGCAAAUAUUGGGCAAUCGACGGAGGACAAGGGAAAAUUUGCAGAGGGUCUCUUUGAUAGGGAGGCAACUGGCCUGGAAUGUGACACAACAUCACGAGAAUCGGAACAACCUACAAAUCUUCAAUUUGAAUUUGCCAAUGAUUGUGGUAAAAACGACACAUUGGAAAUAAACAGCGAUGAAGAAGAUGAAACGGAUGAAAAGGAAAGAGAACUGCAGGUCAAUGUUGGUGACAGUGUUGCGAUCAAAGUGGGAGAAAGCAGGUUAGAAGAACUGCAAAAGACACACGGGGGAUGUACUCAACAGAUGAAACAAGCUAUUGGCAUGACUGGAAGCGUUGUCACGAAGACUACUAAAGGCUCAAUACUUGUCCACUUUAAGUCCUUGGGACAAUAUCCCUUCAGUCCAGAGGCUUUAGUGAAGGUAAGCCAAGCGAAACAAGGCGAAGCUGUACGCAUCAGACCGGACAAGGACCAGGUGAAAAAUCUCAACCGGCGGGUGGGCUGGAAAGAUGAAAUGACAUUGACGCUGGGUAAAGUUGGCCGAGUGGCCAAGGUGGACAGCGAUGGUGAUUUGUUGGUUAUCUUCGGACGAUCGGCCUUCUUGUACUCCCCUGCCUGCUGCCUUCCUGCACCCACUGAGCACACAGACUCUGUAGUUAUACCCGGCAAGAGCAUCACAGACAGGGUCACAUCAAGUACUUCCGAUGUCAAGGAUAACUCUGUUCAAGAGAAGAAUAAAGCCAUGUUUCUAAAAAUGAGGGAAAUGGUUCUGAGGCAAAGUUCGAUGUCAUUUAUUGAACAGGAUGAUCAAGUGCAUGAUCUUUUUCGUGCUAUUUACAAGGGAGACAUCGAAACGGUGGCAAGACUUUGUGGUAGAAAUUCCUCCCUGCUUGCCUCCUGCCAUCAGCAGCUCACUCCACUCAUGCUGGCGUCCACACGCUAUUCACUGGAGGUCGUGGAGCUGCUCCUUGACCUCGGCGCUGACAUCAACGCAGUCGUUGCCCCGAGCAAGACAGCCCUCGGGGCAGCCAUGGAGGCGAGACGAGAGGACAUCUGUAGUUUGCUGAUUGACCGAGGUGCAGACCUAACUUACCUUGACCACAGAAAGUUGUCCUUCCUACACAGAGCAGCUUACCAGGACCUGCCAAUGGUCAUCAAAACUCUGGCAGCUUAUGGACUGGAUAUAAAUGCAAAGGAGAAAGACAUGGACACUCCAUUACUCGUGGCUGUACAGAGAGGGGCUCACCGGGCAAUGGAUGCUCUCCUGUCUCUGUCUGGCAUUGAUGUCUCAGCCAAAAACAACAGAGGCUUCAGCGCAUUGCAGCUUGCCAGUCAAAUGGGAUAUGACAGAGAACUGGAGAAGAUGCUCGCAAUUGACAAAAGUGGAGUAAACGACUUCUACAGAGGAAAUGUAACUGCUCUCCAUCUGGCCGCCAACAAAGAUCAGGCGGAGUCUGUGCGGCUGCUGGUUGUCAAAGGUGGUGCCAACAUCAAUCUUCAAGACGCCCGAGGAAUGCGGCGGACCCCGCUACACAUCGCCUGCUGUAAGGCCAGUUACAGUGCCGCCGAGGUUUUACUUCAACUCGGAGCUAAUGUUAAUGUACAAGACAGACAAGGAGACACACCUUUACAUCUAGCCAUUGGUGGUGAUAUGAAACAUGAUGCGCAGAGCGAGGCUGGUACCAUUGAAUGUCAAAUUCGAGUCGCCAUUGCUUGCAUGCUAAUUAGCAAGGGAGCCUAUGUCGACACCAUGAACUGGAAGGGGUGCCACCCUUUUGACUAUGGUGCCCCGCCAAUUCGAGAAGAAGUCAGACGGUUCAUCACAAAAAACAAAAGCCUUGUCAAAUCUCAUCAAGAAUGGAAUCAGAACGGAUAGCCAAGAGCACAUAACACCUACAGUGUGCUGCGUCAGAAGGACAAGCCAAGCCGGAGUUAUCUCAAGACCUACAGGCACAAUGUGGACAUGUGGUUGUCAUGGUAUUAGCCACAUGUAUGUGGUGUGUUUUUAUAGGAGGAUGUACGGGUAAACGAAGAGCUACACUCACUGUGGUAUAGUCUGAAGAACGUUUUUCUUUUAAAUUCAGAAGAAUAAUACUGCUACAUAUUUUUCGAUACAAUCUCAUAUGCUAUGCAGCUCUUUCGAAAAUGAGUUUUAUUUCUACAUAUUCUUCUUUCUCUUUCACUUCCAAAUUUUUUCACCAUGAUCAAUCUCAAUAAUUUUGCUGGUUUUUAGUAUACUUGUUUUAUUAUGCCGGGUAAUUCGCACAAUUCGCAGAUACCUGAAAUCGUUUUGUGUCAUCUGAGGUCCAGCUGCUCAACCUCAGAUGAAGUGUCAGUGGUGUGUGUGAUGUUGU